UUUUCGUAUUUUUAAUAUAUCCAUAUCUAUCAGCUAUUAUCUAAAACAGCCAUGUCUAACGACGUGACUAAAGACCCUUCACCAAAAUCUGAUAUUGUGGAAGAUGUUUACUUAUGGAGGAGGAAGAAACUUGCCUUCUCUAUACUCUCAGUCUCAACAGCUACAUGGGUUUUACUCAACUUUUAUGGUUUCAAUUCCAUAACAAUUGUUUCUUGGAUCGGUAUCGCCGUCGUCUCUAUGGUUUUCCUCUGGGGCAGUUUACUUCGCCUUCUUAGCAAGGUUGAACCGGAACUAUCAGGGUUAGAAGUGUCGGAGGAGUUUGUAGCCGAGACAGUGAGGUCUUGUCGGAUGUUAAUGGAAGAAACUGUUAGGUGGAUGUUCCGAGUUGGUGCUGAGAGUGAAUGGUUUGUUUUCGCGAGAACCAUUUUGGGAUUGUGGAUCUUGUCAAGAAUUGGGAGCCUUUUAGAUUUUCAUACUUUUCUCUUCACCGGUUUGGUGAUGGGCUUAACAGUUCCAAAGUUGUUGGAGAAGUAUGGAGAUCAAAUUAACAAGCAAUUGGCUAAUGUUAAAGAGAGAUCAAAGGGAGCGUAUGAUACAACUCAUAAGAAGAUUCUAAUGAUGAAGAACAAGUUACAGCAUGGUACAGCUGAGAAAGUGAAAAAAUCAGACUAGAUUACUUUUUACCUGUCUUUCCAAAGUAAAAUAGUAAAAAUAGUUGUACUACCUACAUGUAUAAAAUCGUAAACAAAAUAUCUAAUACACUAGAUUUGAGUAUUU